AUGGGCGGCGCCGGCGAGCUUCCACGUUUCCCGUGUUGGUGUAAGGCCACAUACUCAUGGGGAGGAGAGACCAAGAAGGACUUGGGCUUCAUCGAAGGCGACUUGAUCGAAGCCCUCAAUGCCGGCGAUGGACAGUGGUGGAUGGGACGUCUGCGGCGCGAUCCAAGAGCUGUCGGCCUGUUUCCCUCCAACUUCGUGCAAGUCCUCGAGGAAUCCUUCCAGCCAGCGCCCAACAACCGCAAUGCUACGCCCCCCACACAAGCGCGAUCAAAGCACCUCGAUUCAGCCAAGAACAAGUCGAUAUUCAGGAAGCCAUAUCAAGCGUAUGAAGAGUUUGGAAAGCGCGAAGGCUUGGACAGUCUCCGCGGAAAGGAGAACACGCCGGAGAAUGAAGUUGAGAAGGCCAAGAAGGAGAAGAGCAAGUUCCGGCCGUAUUCUAGCAUGAAGACGGCACAGGCACCCACGAGCACGAUAAAGAAGCAGGGAGGUGUAAGCAUCAUUCCAGAGGAUGAUGGGCCUCGGAUACCAGCUCCACCGCCCAGAGGUGGUGCACGCCGCUCGCGAAGCCCACAGCCUCCGGCGCAGCCAUAUUCUGCGUCGCCAACUCCUACGCCAGGUUAUCCCGUACACAGACAGCCUUCCCCUCAGCCGAUGUAUCGAGCGCGCACUCCGCAGCCCGAUUAUCAGAGUUACUCGCCUGCUCCUCCUCGAUCACAUUCACCUCUGCCCGCGACAUAUCACGAUGGCUCAGCAUAUCCACAGAUACUGGCAGUCUCUCGGCAACCAUCGCCGAACCCUCACGAUCAAUCAUACUAUUCCAGAGGCCCGUCGCCGGCCCCGGUCGAGGAUGAUCUGGCAUCCUCCCCACCUCCACCACCUCCGGCACAUCGCGUUGCGUAUCAACCCCGCAGAGCUCCCUCGCCGCAGCCAGACGACAUGAUGCAUCCUGGAUUUGACAGAGGUGGUACUGUAACGCCAAUACCUCCUUCACCGAACGGUAGCCACAUGACUCCAUCUCCUUUACGUAACGCCAUGAACGAUGUUAUGAACUCAUUGCAAGACAUGAGCAGCCUACACCAGUCAUCACCUCCUGCACAAGCCGAAUCUCCACCAAAUGUAUGGUCUCCGGAUGCGUUUGAACUCGUCAGAAAGAAAUCUAUGCAGGAGAAUCGAGCACAGUCCUCCAUGGGGUUUGCACCUCAGCACCGGGCGCAGUCAUCACUCGGUCUUGCGAAUCACUACCAGGGUUAUGAGGAUGUCAGAAGCAAAACGCCGUCAUUGCCGUCGUCACGGCAGGGCAGAGGCGGUCUCGAUGAUUACGUGCAGCGGAUGGAGAGCCAGCUGCGACACGCACCCUCAUUUUCUUCCGAACACCCGCCUCAACCGCCGCUCAAGGGUACACAAUAUAGAGCGCCACGUCCCACGACGUCCGAAAGCAAUUCGAGUAACAGUUCCGCGGGCAUUUAUUUCCAGGAGCCUGCACUACCUCAACUACGACAUCGCAAAUCCGCAUUCGAACUGGGGAGAGAGAGACUCAAUCGAACGUAUACCACCAAGACAAAUGCGACCAAUUCGACAGAGAACUCUUCGGGCACACAGAGCAGUAACAGCACGCAGCUGACCAGUCGAAGCAUCAUGUCUGGAUACUCAGCGGGAGGAUUCAGUGCGACGAGCGCAGGCAGUCUUGCAAGGCGAAAGUUUGGAUUUGGCAGUCAACGAGGGCGUACGAUAGAUCCGAAAUCGACAGGCGAUACAAACUGGAGUGCGCGUAGUAUGGCCGCUAGCGAGAGUUCGGGCUCAGGGCCUAGUUAUCACGAAAGCCAUGCCUCAGCAAACCAGCCUAUCAUCACCCCUGUGGCCGAUUGGAACAAAGACCCGAUGGAGUCCGCAGGUGUCUUGGGUGGCCUGACAUCACCAACCAAGAUUGGCCGUAGUGGGUUCUUCAAGCGGAUGGUCGAUGCCGCAAAGACGACCGCGAGAACAGGUGCUGCCAACGCACGGUCGACCAUCGGGAAUGCAAGUCAGAGCCGGCCUGGCAGUCGGUCAGAGAGUCGGCCUGCGAGUAGAGCUGCCAGCCCGGUCAAGGGGGUGCUCGGCGGCAACGGUCCAACUGCAAUUGCUGGUGGAAUGGCUGCAAGACCUGCGACUGCGCAGGGUAGUGCCGCCAGAGAUAUGGGCUUGGGCGGCGGCAAUGACUGGAUGCAAGUCAGACGAGAUGUAAAUCGCUCCAACUCGCUCAGUCAACGGGAGCGUAACGAACGAGCAGAACGAUGUGAGUUGCACGACAUUCCAGCUUCGCAGCCAAUACAUCAACUGCAUGAAGCUGUCGACGGUGAUGAAGGUCUCGACGGCUGUCCUAUCGUGGAGCCUACCGACUUCAACUUACCGAACCUGGCCCUUGUGGACAAGAGCACCCGCUUCCUUCGGAGCGUCCCCGCAAUGGUUAGCCCAUCCUCGCUCGCGCAGAGCUAUGUGUGCCGGCCACAUAGGAGCGAUGUGCAGCGACUCAGGGCCAUCUUCACUUGGGUUGCCGAGCGUAUCACGUGGGAAGAGGAUUACGAAGGCAAGCUGGAUCCUCGAAGAGCAAUACAGACCAGACGGGCCUGCAGCGAGGAGAUUGCUUUGCUUGUUCAAGACAUGUGCACUGCGGUUGGCCUUCACGGGGAGGUCGUGCGUGGAUAUCUGAAGUCGCCUGGCGAAAUACUUGACUUGGACACCGUUGCUCGGCCCAACCACUGGUGGAACGCGGUCAUUGUGGAUGGUGAAUGGCGCGUCAUGGACUGUGCGCUUGCCAGCCCAACGCAUCCACGAAGAAGCGCCUACAGCGCAGCGAGUAGCCAAGUGGCCGAAUCUUGGUACUUUCUGGCCAGGCCUAUGGAGAUAUGCUACACACAUAUCCCACUCUUGCCAGAGCAGCAACACUUGGUACCACCUGUUGAUCAUGAGAUCUUGAUAGCAUUGCCAUGCGCUUGUCCAGCCUACUUCCGCAACGGCAUCGAUAUGUCCAACCUCGACACAAGCAUGCUGCAUCUCGAGAAGUUGGAGAUGGCACACAUCCAUGUGAAUGUUCCGGAAGACGUCGAGUGCGUGGCCGAAACUGAAGCGAGAGUCUUCGCCCAAGAUGCUGAUGGCGACGUCUUCGAAAGCGGGGAUAUCGUGAAGAAGAAAGCCUUUACGCAGGCUGAAUGGAUCGGUGGGCGGAAACGCUUCACCAUUAAAGCUCUUCUCCCGGGUGACGACGGACAAGGUGUGCUCAAGGUAUACGCUGGCAAGCGUGGACUCAUGCACUCCGUCAAAGACAAUCCGCAUUCGAUGGCACUGGCCCUGCCUCUCACGCAUACCGGGCAGAACCCGCCUUACGAGUUUGUCGCGAGACAUCCGACUCCUCACGCCCAGCGACAUGACCUUUACAUCGCACAGCCACAGUGCUUCCGCCUGACGAUGAACAAUACGUUUGUGUUCUGCGUUCGCCAACAUCCUUCCUCUCUGUCCCGCUUCUCUCCCGACACUUGGGGCAGCGGCGGUGGAAGUGGCAGCCAGACUCGACCCCAGAGCCCUAACCCUCUCUUCCGACCUUCGAGCGCCAUGAGCAUGGUCUCCAUGUCCGCCUCCCAGGCUGAUAGCCAAUAUUCUGAGGGCCCGGGAUCAGGACAUCCCAUGACUGCAGCGCAACAGAAGCCCGCGAAACUGGCGAUCCAGAGUCCGUCCCAGAAGAUCAUCCGGUUGACGAGGAAGCAGGAGCACAUGAGCCGGAAUGUGGAAGAGGACAUGGGGCUCACCAGUACCUGGGAGACGGUGAUUAAGAUUGGGGAGAGGGGGCUCUGGAGGGGUCUCGUUCUCGCGGAUCGCAGCGCGAGGUGGUGUGUCUUUGCCGAGUGGGAGUGUGUUUGA